UUCUUGGAGGUGGAAGUUCCAUAGGCCAUUUGUAUGUGAGAUAGAACUUUAUAGAACCUAUGCGUGUGAGACAGAGCUAUAUAGACCAUGUACGUAUGGGACAGAACUUUGUAGGCCCUGUGUGAGACAGAACUUCAUACAUCUUGUACGUGUGUGAGACAUGAAGAUGUUGCCAGGAGUAGCCUCUUGUGGCGUCAGGAGGGCCAGAAUGAGACCAUAAAGCCUUGUUCUACCUGGUGUAGGGGCUUAACUUGGGUGAUUUAAUGAAUAUCUGUAAGGAAGGAAGGUGUUGUGUAGCUAUGGGGCCUGCAGGGUGUGUGUACGGUACGGGUCGGGCGCCAUUAGUCCCCGUGGGCGCCGUGGUCCGCUGGUGGCGCGCGCCGCGGCGAGCGUGUGUUAAGGACCGCCAUGAUUGUGUUGCGGUUCCCAGUCCCCUGAUGCAGUGUUUUUCCUCCAAAUAUUUCUUUGUGUGUAUUGCCAAGUCGAAAGCAGCACCAUGGGCACAUCGUAGGUGGUGCCCCCCACGUUCUGCGGAGGGCUGCGGCCCGCCAGGCCCCCGUGCGGCGCGGGAUGAGGCGCUGUGAGUGAGGCGGGCUGCUGCUGGACUGUGCCGCCAACAUGAGCAAGUUUCGGGCGAGGCAGCUCGAUGCCUCCAAGCCCAUCCCCGUGUAUAUGCAAGAGGAUAUUCCGGACUUUGCCGAGUUCAAUGCAAUCAACAGGACGGUGCCGCAGAUGCCCACGGGCAUGGAGAAGGAGGAGGAGACGGAACAUCACCUGCAGCAGGCCAUCUUCCAUCAACGUGUUAUUCCGGUGCCUGAGGUGUUUGACUGGGGUGCCGAAGAUUCCUCCGUCCUUGACAGAAUGUACCCUCCUAACUACAAGGCGCCUCGACAGCUGAUCCACAUCCACCCGUUCUCAGCGGAGCAAGACAUACCCGAGUAUGACAUGGACUCUGAGGACGAGGAGUGGGUCAACCAACAUGCAGCCAAAGGAGAGGUACCGCUCACCAACCUCCAGUUUGAGGAAAUGAUGGACCGCUUGGAAAAGGCCUCGGGGUUGAAAGCUGUCACCCUACAGGAGGCCAAGGUGCUUUUGAAGGACGAUGACGACCUCAUCAUCGCCGUCUACGACUACUGGCUCAACAAGCGGCUCAGACUGGCUCAUGCUCUCAUACCACAGGUGAAGACUGAGAAAGGCUCUGGCUCCAACUCCAGCGACCCCUAUGUGGCGUUUCGGAAAAGAACGGAGAAGAUGCAGACCAGGAAGAACCGCAAGAAUGACGAAUCCAGUUACGAGAAGAUGCUCAAGCUUAGAAGAGAUCUGUCCAGAGCGGUGACCUUGCUGGAGAUGGUCAAGAGAAGAGAGAAGGCCAAGAGGGAAUACCUGAACCUGAACAUUGAGGUGUUUGAGAGAAGGUACGAGGUGCAAGACUUCUCUGGGGCACUGCUCGCGGAGGUCAGCGCGCUACGAACCCAGCGGCCGGCCUUCGCCCCCUUGUUCUCCAACCACCAACUCUCAUCAGGAACCACUUCGGCGAGUGCUGCGGCUAGUGGCUCGUGGCUGAAGGUCGCCCCCACGUCACAUUCCAGCAAAGUGAGUAGGAAAAGAGAGGAUGGCAAGAGAGACAGAAGAGCAUACAAGAAGCGCGCCAGAAGACACCACGGUCAGAUAUCCUCUUCAGCGUCAUCCACCCCUCCCACACCCCAGCUCACCCCCACAUACAAUCAUCCGCCUGACCCCUACACCAUAGCAGCUGCGUAUCCACAGGACUCCAUGGGCUACGCGCCUCCCAGUUCUGAGGACGAAGUUGCAUCUCCCUCACAAUCAGAAACAGAGGAGGAAAAUGAACCCGAUGGUGUCUUUACCUUUAGAAGGAAAAAAUAUACCAAUUACCACGCUCCUCGAGAUGGCAACUGGCCCUGGGUACCUCCUGACGAAGGUGGCGGUGGUGACCCAAGGUUUAGGUUUUCCCUCACCUCCCUGUCAUAUCCUACUCGUCGAUGUGUUGGGUUUGCUCGCCGCAGACGUGGUAGAGGAGGCAGAAUGUGGCUAGACAGAUUAAAUUCCCCUCUUGACGAUCUGUUGAUGAAGACGGAUUUCAGAGAUGUGGGUCCAAACGGCCUCACAGCGACGAACGAUUUCCUCCAUGAGGUUAAAACAGAAUGGCCACACUUCUGUCCGAGCUCUCCCCCCGAGGACAAUGACACAGAUGUUGAAAUCGAUGUGGAGACGGUUGGAGUUCCUGUCACCCUCACGCCUGAUGUCAACCUCAACUCUGCCUCGUCCCCAGAGGAACUCAAUCUGGCAACUGCGCUGCCGUCCUCUGUUUUCAUCUCAGCAGAAGUUCUGGAAGGCUACGCUGCCGGAAACAUUACCGAACUAGAAGUGUCCAUACCAUCGGACCUUGACACUUUACUCAACAGUGACCCAGGAGUGCUACUUGAGGAGAACCUGGAAGUGGAUCUAGUGACUGAAAACAGCAAUGGAACCAGAAGUGGCAGUGGUGGUGGUGGUGGUAGUGGCAGUGGCAGUGGCAGUGGUGGUGGUAGUGGGGCAACUGAUGGUUCUAAUCCAAGUGGUGGUGUGACUUUGGAUGAUCUCUCCAAUAGCGAAUGGGCAUCAAAUUUUAGCAGUACAAGUGAUAGACUACAGCAACAUUCCGUAGAUUUCACCACCCAACCCACAUCCAAGUUUGUGACGCUAGACUCAACUAACACGCUUCCCUUGGCAGUAUCGGGGCUUCAACUUAGUACAAGCAAUGUGACGGGUGAUGAGAUUCAUUCUUCCACAUUUCCUUCAUCCUCAUCAUCAUGUGCAACAUCAUCAUCCCUAACAUCCACAUCCUCCUCUUCCUCCACGUCUUUACCUACUUCCUCAGCAACUAGUCUAAGUAACAGCUUACUGUGUGCCUCCUCCAAUGCUAUAAGUGACAAGGGUGGCAGCGAAUGUUCAAACAGUGACGGUAGCAAAGUGAAAACAUCUGCACACCAAGAAUCUUCGUCAGCUGAUGCUUUGAGUGUAUCCAGUGGACUCUUAUUAUCUAAUAAUAAAAAUAAUGGUAGCAACGUCAUAAGUAGUGCGACCACAAAUAAUUUGGUGUCUCAAAAGUUCUUUGGAUCAACCACCCGGACAAAUGACAGCUUACCAAAUAGUGAAAGCAACAGCAGUGCAACAGUCUUAACAAAUGGACCAAGCAAUUCUUUUGACGGCUCAAAAUGUGCUAAAGUGGAUCAUUAUAUGUUUCAUGAAACUUGAACAUUAUCCUAAAUUUAACAUUGACCAGAUUUUUUUUCCAAUUUAUCUCAUGUCUAACUUAUUUUUAUACCGAAUGCACAAGGAAAUAAUAAGAUGUGUUGAUUAUUCCAUGUCUCUUUGUGUUUCAUUCUCAAUCCUCCUCAAAUUACAGCAGAUAAAAAUUCAAACAUAAUGGGAUGAAAUUCACUCCUUUCUUGCCAUUCCCAUUGCUUUAAUUGAUGUCCUGAUAUUAUUUGCUCAAGGCCAGGAAACUGUAUAGCUAAAAAGUACAAAUAAAUGGAUAACUGUU